CGGCACUCUCCGAGCCGGGGAAGCAGCGGGAGCCGACCGGACCGCCAGCAGCCGAACGCCGCCGGGACAUGCUCGCAGCCUGACUGACCGCAGGUGGCCGCCGCGCCCGGGACACGAAUGAAGAAGCAGCUGCUCCUCCUGUUCACACAUCGGGGACUUGUCAGCCGAGGGGGCCGCAGGGGGAAGCGUCGCCGAAAAUGGCCUCGUUCAGCAUCCGUGCCGCGCGUCCCGAGGACUGUCCCGACCUGCUGCGACUGAUCAAGGAACUGGCGAAAUACGAGGACAUGGAGGACCAAGUGGUGCUAACUGAGAAAGGUACGGAGCUUGCAAGAGCUCACCCGGCUGGCGGCCGAGUGACAGCGCCUGUGGCUAAGGUGCGUGUGUAUUCUGCUUUUCUAGAGCUGCUUGAGGAUGGUUUUGGCGAGCACCCUUUCUACCACUGUCUGGUCGCAGAAGUGCCGAAAGAUCAGUGGUCGUCUGAAGAAACAUGCAUCGUGGGCUUUGCCAUGUAUUACUUCACUUACGAUCCAUGGAUUGGAAAACUGUUGUACCUUGAAGAUUUUUAUGUGAUGGCUGAGUACAGAGGACUUGGUAUUGGGUCAGAAAUUCUGAAGAACUUGAGUCAGGUGGCUGUGAAGUGCCGCUGCAGCAGCAUGCACUUCCUGGUGGCGGAGUGGAACGAGCCCUCCAUCAGAUUCUACAAGAGAAGGGGAGCCUCAGAUCUGUCCACUGAGGAGGGCUGGAGGCUCUUCAAGAUCGACAAAGAGUAUCUCUUGAAGAUGGCAGCAGAAGAGUGAGAGAUUAUUCCAGCAAAUAAAUUCUUUCUGCGAAUAUAUGUGCUCUCUGAAUAAACUUCUUGCUUUCAGUGUACGUACAGUUUGUAGUGGAAUAAAGUAGUGUGGAUGCUAAUAAUGGCAGUGCAGGUGUGGUCAUAGAGUAAUGGUACUGUGAUCUGGAGCUGAGGCAUCUGUGAAGUUCAUUAUGUGCUUGUGUGCAGCCUUUACCAGUGUGGGCUUGUAAUCUUUGUAUAAGGAAACUUCAUUCUUGUAAGUGUCAUUCAAAUGUGUACAAUGUACACACUGGUAGGGUUUGUUUUAAUUAUUGCCUUUUAUAAAAAUAAAAUAGUGUUUUCACUUCA